AUGGGUAUAGCCAUCCCUAAAGAAAAUCUUCCUAAAGAAGAUCGUCUUCAAGAAGAUCAUCUUCAAGAAGAUCUUCUUCAAGAAGAUCAUCUUCAAGAAGAUCAUCUUCGAGAAGAUCAUCUUCCUGAAGAUCAUCUUCAAGAAGAUCAUCUUCAUGAAGAUCAUCUUCAAAAUCUUCCUAAAGAAAAUCUUCCUAAAGAAAAUCUUCCUAAAGAAAAUCUUCCUAAAGAAAAUCUUCCUAAAGAAAAUCUUCCUAAAGAAAAUCUUCCUAAAGAAAAUUUUCCUAAAGAAAAUCUUCCUAAAGAAAAUCUUCCUAAAGAAAAUUUUCCUAAAGAAAAUCUUCCUAAAGAAAAUCUUCCUAAAGAAAAUCUUCCUAAAGAAAAUCUUCCUAAAGAAAAUCUUCCUAAAGAAAAUCUUCCUAAAGAAAAUCUUCCUCAUGAAAAUCUUCCUAAUGAAAAUAUUCCUCAUGAAAAUCUUCCUCAUGAAAAUCUUCCUCAUGAAAAUCUUCCUCAUGAAAAUCUUCCUCAUGAUAAUCUUCCUGAUGAUAAUCUUCCUAAAGAAAAUUUUCCUACUGAAGAUCUUCCUGAAGAAAAUCUUCCUGAUGAAAAUCUUCCUGAUGAAAAUCUUCCUCCUGAAGAUCUUCCUCCUGAAGAUCUUCCUACUGAAAAUAUUCCUCCUGAAAAUCAUCCUCCUGAAGAUCAUCCUCCUAAAGAAAAUCUUCCUAAGAAAAUCUUCCUAAAGAAGAAAAUCUUCCUAAAGAAGAAAAUCUUCCUAAAGAAGAAAAUCUUCCUAAAGAAGAAAAUCUUCCUAAAGAAGAAAAUCUUCCUAAAGAAGAAAAUCUUCCUAAAGAAGAAAAUCUUCCUAAAGAAGAAAAUCUUCCUAAAGAAGAAAAUCUUCCUAAAGAAGAAGAUCUUCCUAAAGAAGAAAAUCUUCUUAAAGAAGAGAAUCUUCUUAAAGAAGAAAAUCUUCUUAAAGAAAAUCUUAUAUAUGGGUAGAGCCAUCCUUAAAGAAAAUCUUCCUAAAGAAGAAAAUCUUCCUAAAGAAAAUCUUCGUAAAGAAAAUCUUCAAAAUCUUCCUAAAGAAAAUCUUCAUAAAGAAAAUCUUCCUAAAGAAAAUCUUCCUAAAGAAAAUCUUCCUAAAGAAAAUCUUCCUAAAGAAGAAAAUCUUCCUAAAGAAGAAAAUCUUCCUAAAGAAGAAAAUCUUCCUAAAGAAGAAAAUCUUCCUAAAGAAGAAAAUCUUCCUAAAGAAGAAAAUCUUCCUAAAGAAAAUCUUCCUAAAGAAAAUCUUCCUAAAGAAAAUCUUCCUAAAGAAAAUCUUCCUAAAGAAAAUUUUCCUAAAGAAAAUCCUCCUAAAGAAGAAAAUCUUCCUAAAGAAAAUCUUCCUAAAGAAGAAAAUUUUCCUAAAGAAAAUCUUCCUAAAGAAGAAAAUCUUCCUAAAGAAAAUCUUCCUAAAGAAAAUCUUCCUAAAGAAAAUCUUCCUAAAGAAAAUCUUCCUAAAGAAAAUCUUCCUAAAGAAAAUCUUCCUAAAGAAAAUCUUCCUAAAGAAGAAAAUCUUCGGAAAGAAGAAAAUCUUCCUAAAGAAGAAAAUCUUCCUAAAGAAGAAAAUCUUCCUAAAGAAGAAAAUCUUCCUAAAGAAGAAAAUCUUCCUAAAGAAAAUCUUCCUAAAGAAAAUCUUCCUAAAGAAGAAAAUCUUCCUAAAGAAAAUCUUCCUAAAGAAAAUCUUCCUAAAGAAGAAAAUCUUCCUAAAGAAGAAAAUCUUCCUAAAGAAAAUCUUCCUAAAGAAGAAAAUCUUCCUAAAGAAAAUCUUCCUAAAGAAAAUUUUCCUAAAGAAAAUCUUCCUAAAGAAAAUCUUCCUAAAGAAGAAAAUUUUCCUAAAGAAAAUCUUCCUAAAGAAGAAAAUCUUCCUAAAGAAGAAAAUUUUCCUAAAGAAAAUCUUCCUAAAGAAAAUCUUCCUAAAGAAAAUCUUCCUAAAGAAAAUCUUCCUAAAGAAAAUCUUCCUAAAGAAAAUCUUCCUAAAGAAAAUCUUCCUAAAGAAAAUCUUCCUAAAGAAAAUCUUCCUAAAGAAAAUCUUCCUAAAGAAAAUCUUCCUAAAGAAAAUCUUCCUAAAGAAAAUCUUCCUAAAGAAAAAUCUUCCUAA